UUGCUCUCUCAGUCUGACGCGCGCGCAGCUCCUACGCAUCACUCCGGAAAUUUUCCCUCAUCUCCUCCGCGCGCUCCCACAGGUUCAGUCGCGAGCCCUGACCGCCGCUCGGCGAUGCUUUCUCAUCCGCGGCAGAAGACGUUGAGGCUUUAGUGAUGGCGCGCGCGUGACGCUGUAUGGAUGGGCAGCGCUCCUUUUCUCCUGCUUUGUCGGCGGGGGGAGGCCGGGAGGCUGCGCGUGGACACGGAGUGGAUCUGCGCGCGCUGACUGAGGCUGCUGCUCCACAGCUCCACGCCACGAUUCUACAACAGCAGCUCUAACGCCAUCAGGGAGAUAGGAUCAGCUCCAGUCCGCAGAGUCUAAAUGAAGUUUCCCAGCCAUGCAAUGUUCUUGGAAGGCUGUGAUCCUGCUAGCCUUGGUCUCCAUUGCCAUCCAGUACACAGCUAUCCGGACCUUCACCUCCAAGCCUUUCCAGCUUUGCCCUGUGUCCAUCCCACAGAAUUGUGGCUUGGGGGCGCAGGAAACGGAUGCGCCCUUCGAGCGUGGAUGUGACGAGUAUGCUUACUUCACCUUCAACGCCUCUCGAAAGACCCACAUUCUGGUGUUAGCCACUACCCGCAGCGGCUCGUCGUUUGUGGGGCAGCUGUUGAACCAGCACUCUGAUAUCUUCUACUUGUUUGAGCCGCUUUAUCAUGUCCAAACGGCCCUGAUCCCUCGCCUCUCGCACAGCCGGAACACUGCUGACAGGCGGGUGAUGCUAGGGGCCAGUCGAGACUUGCUCAGAAGCCUCUAUGGCUGUGACUUGCACUUUCUGGAGAGCUACAUCAAGCCGCCGCCGACCAACCACACCACAGACAAGCUGUUUCGCCGGGGUGCCAGCCGGGCACUCUGCUCCCAGCCAGUCUGUGAUGCCUUCAGUCCUGGGGAGGCUAAUGUGGAAGAGGGCGACUGCGUCAAGAAGUGUACAACUCUCAACAUGACCCUUGCAGCCGAGUCUUGCAGGGAUAAGCGGCACGUUGCCAUCAAGAUCGUGCGGGUACCUGAAAUAGGGGAUUUGCGGGCACUGGUGGAGGAUCCGCGGCUGAACUUGAAGGUGAUCCAGCUGGUCAGAGACCCUAGGGGUAUUCUUGCGUCACGGAUUGAGACCUUCCGGGACACUUACCGAUUGUGGAGAAUUUGGAGGGCAACAGGGCGGAAGCCAUACAACUUGGACUUGACUCAGCUGACCGUGGUAUGUGAGGACUUUCUGAGCUCAGUUUCUACAGGUCUCAGCCACCCCUACUGGCUUAAGGGGAAAUAUAUGUUGGUGCGAUAUGAGGACUUAGCGAGGAACCCUCUUCAAAAAACCAAGGAUAUCUACGACUACCUUGGGCUAUCUAUGGACAAAAAUGUAGUGGAUUGGAUUCAGGCAAACACCAGAGGGAGUAAUGAGCUCUCAGCCAAACACAAAUACGGAACAGUGAGAGACUCUGCAGCGAAUGCCGAAAGCUGGAGGCUCAAACUGUCCUUUGACAUGGUGGACUACACACAGACUGUGUGUCAAAAAGUCCUACACACACUGGGCUAUAAAAGUGUCAAAUCUGCUGAGGAACUGAAAAAUAUGUCUCUCUCUCUUGUGGCGGAAAAAGUUUUUGUACCAUUUUGAUAACAAAGAUAGUUGUGGAUGACUAUUUUUGAUAUAUUUAUAAAUGUUGCCUUAUGAUUGAUGUUAAGGUUAUUGUCUCCCUCCUGCAUACUGUUCAAAUUUGCACUAAAUUCCAAAAAUCCUUGAAUUCAUAUGGAUAGAGUUCCUAAUUCAUCUAAAAACAAUAGCACAAGGGAAUUUAAUGCAAAGAGUGAGUAAUGUAUUGUUGCUGACAGAUUGAUGAGAAAGACCAUCAUAAUGUACUUCAGCGACUUCAUCAAAUACAAAAGCAUUAUCACUGGUCCUGUUAUGCCUGGCUGUUGCUUUAACACAACUGAAUGUUGUCUAUAUUUUUGCAAGGGUCUUGUCAGCUCCACAAAGAGAAUGGUGAUAAAAAUGCGCAGACCAAAAUGUGGCAGAGAUAACACACUGUAUGAGAACAACUGUGCAAUAAAUUGUGAAUGUCGCAGUCCACCGUUAACAUGGUGUAUUUCUACAGCAGAUAAGAAUGGGGAGUGCCCUUCUGUUAAGGGGUGGGGGGCAGUUGCAUGGCUUUGUGUCAUGUAGCUGAAUUAACAGAGGUUAGGGAUGGAGUGGAAAAGGUCUUUUGGCCAUAUUCAGUGGCUUCUUGCAGGACUGACAAAGUCAAAGAUGUGCAAAUGUUACACGAGGAUGUGAGGCUGCAGUGUUGACGGUAGAGCGCUGCCCAUUGAGAUGCAGAGAGCAGGAGCAGAGGGCUUUGAUCUGCCUGCCUGCCGUGGCUGGAAUCCCACGUGCUCUUUCCUCAGAGUCUCGGGGGUAUUGCAUGCGUGCUUCUAGAAAAGCAUUUCUCUCUCUGACGGUGACAGGAAAAUAUCAAUGCUGUGAUGAAGGUGCUAGUUGGGCACUUUUACAAUUUGGUUUCAUAUUCUUCACAAAGAUAUUUCUGAUUAUUUCCCUCCUUUAUUGAUAGCCAAUGUAAUGGUGAAUGCGUAGCCCAAAGUCAAUGUUUACCUCUGUAUUGUGAGCAUUUAUAAGUGUGCAUUGCACAGGGAAGGUCUAAACUAAAAGGAAGUUGUGCUGUUGCAUGGCAACGUGCUGAGAA